UUUGCCGGUCUACACUCUUUCUCCAGCAGCUUCUACCAAAAACCUUCUCUAUCACGAGUUUGAUCGCCGUCUUAUAUUCAAGCAAAAGCAUCCAGCUCAUCUUGUAGAACACAGUCUUCGAUAAAUAGAAUGACCUACCUCCAGUCCAUCGAUGUCCGUUACGGCGAGGACCCCAGCUCAGAGCCCUCUGAUGGCAUCCACACAGUCGACGGCACCAAUGCCGACAUAAAUGCCGGGUUUGGAGGAGACUUCGUCUGGCUCGUGCCACGCUACAACUCCAAUGCCGCCAACGCGGUCUCCAACAUUCGAAUUAUCAUCCAAGGAGACCCGGACUCAGCCUACGUGGACCUAGCCAAGGGCGCGGGUGGGGACUACCGCUAUCUGCGCUUGGAGCGCGACGGCGGCAACAAAAUCACUGAGGUACGGCUGCUGCGCCGCAACGAUGAGGCGGAUUCCUCGGUGGUCAGGGCGCUGGGCUUUGACGGUGCCUCGGGCGAUAUCAACAAGGGCCGCGGCGGAGAUUAUUUGUAUGUUGUGUGGAAGUAUUAGGGCCCUUAUGCAGGUUGGGUGGGCUCCAGUUUGCCCCUCUGCCUGUCUGUCAGGGUUCUAGACCUGAUGAAUUUAUCCCGUGGAGUGUUUUGCCUGAUUAACUAGGUAUCGUAUACAGAAUGUGAGAAAUGCAUGCAUCCUAUUGGGAAAGAAGUCUGGCCUUCCAGGAAGCGUUUCUUGGAAUGGCGUCCAGCAGCGGCAUUACUUCCAGCAAUGUAUACCGCAGACGAACAUCUUCCGUUCAAACACGCUAUUACCAGUAGCUAUAUCUUAUUGCCCACCGAGAUGCUAAUAGACAUUCUUUACUCACGA